CUCCUGGACUGUGCGGGGCAGUGUGGUUGUGACCCGGGAAAAACGUAGACGAAGAAAAAGGAAAAAAAAGGCAGACAAAACCCAAACGGAAGUCGGCAAAGGAAAGCUCUCGAAAAGGGUUUGAAUUCUUUGCAGAGGCCGUCUGGUAAAAAGAUCUUAAACAAUGGUGAAGAUUUUUGUGGGAAAUCUGCCCCGAGAGGCAGACCAGGAUGAAAUCAAGGCACUCUUUACCGAGUACGGCACAGUCACAGAAUGUGCCAUCAUCAAGAACUACGCUUUCGUCCACAUGGAUGACCGCAAGGCAGCCACCAAAGCCAUUAAGAAUCUGCACCUCUACAAGCUUCACGGCACGCCAAUCAACGUGGAGGCCAGCCACGGGAAGAACCAGGGCUCAGUCAAACUGCAUGUCGCGAAUGUAGAAAAGGGAUCUGAUGACGAGCUCCGUGCUCUCUUUGAAGAGUACGGCACAGUCACAGAGUGUGCUGUUGUCAAGAACUUUGCUUUUGUACACAUGUCCAACUCUGACGAGGCUAUGGAUGCCAUCAAGGGACUGGACAACACUGAAUUUCAAGGCAAACGCAUCCAUGUCCAGAUUUCUAAGAGCCGUCCCAGACAUGACGAACGGGAUGACUACCCCCCUCCUCCUCCAGACAGGGGUGGCUAUUGGCCCCCUCGCUAUCCAGGAGAGAGGCACGAGCCUCCCCCACCCAGCUACCUGAGAGGCCGCCUCAGCCAUAUACCCCCAGGUUACCCCGCCCCUCCUCUGCCACCCCCUCCCCCUAGACGAGCUGUUUACUCUGACCGUCCCUAUGAGGGUGAGAGGGACAGAUACGGCGUGGUAGAUUACUAUGAGAAGUACAGAGCCCGGCCGUAUGGCAUCGCCUCCUAUGAGGACCAACGGGCUGGCGCCCCUCCUCCUCCCCCUCCCCCCUCUGCCGUCGUCCGAGACCGUCUUAUGACCUCGUCGCUUGACCCAUAUGAGCGUCGGCCCCUUCCACCUCCUCCGUCCUCGUACUAUGCCCGAGAUCGCAGCCCCCUCAGGAGAGCGCCUAGCACGCCAAUGCCCCCCGCCAGUAAUGGCUACUCCUACGAACGCUCCCGACUCUCUCCGGUUUCCCGGGUCCCGGCAUACGGAGUUCCUCGCGCCAGGGACCCCUACGCAGACCGCCUGCCUCCGCCACCGCCUGCACGCUACGCUUAUUAAGCAAGGCCCUGGCAUGUGAAGGAUCGUCCGACUGCGUCGCCGCUCGCCGGCUCCUGAAGCACGUGACACUAUCCUCUUCCUGUCUGCGGCUGAGCGCGUUACGUUCCCCUGCGAUGCUCACAGGAGGAACUAAAUUGCCGACGUCCACGUCUGUUUUUGUUAUUAUUUUUGGGACAGGUUUUACACUCGUAUUUUUUCCCCUGAUUGUUUUAGUUUGUUAUUGUGCUGUAGUAUUUUUAAUGCUUGACGUCUGAGUUAGGCGUUUUUUUGGUUUUUUUAAUUUGUACUUUUACGUUUUGAAUAAUUAGUGUUCUGAUGUUGUGUGUGACCUUGGAAAGCUGAAUGAUUUCAGCAGCAGUUUCUAGGCGAUACUUGUGACUGUAGAUUAACUGAACUGAAUCAUGUUUGGUAUUAAAUCUAAUCUACACGUUGGUUCCAUCAUGUUAAUCUUUUCCAUCGAAAAACCAAACGUACAUGUGGCGUUACUGUGAAAAUUUAAACUAAGACGUAGGGGUUUGACAAAUAUAGAAAGUAACUGUUAAUAGGACAGUUACCGCAAAACGUUCACAUGUACCUGUCCAUUGUCGAAACUUGUUUUUAAUAAACGGAUUUGUGUAAUGUUGUUCACAGAUGUGCUCAAAAUUAUGCCCAGCGCUAAAACGCCUCAUUAGUGUAACCGCUUGAAUUGAUUAGAAUACUCUACUAGGAUAUUUAAAAAACAAACAAACAAACAAACAAACCAAAAAAAACCCAUCAGCUCCUAUAUUUAAUGAUUAUCCGUUUAUUAAUGAUGAAAUCACGUAUAACAAGCUUGUUAAAAUCGUCACGCUGAUUAAAGAAAUAUCUCCCCUCUGGUCUUGUCUGAAGUGCCACAGCUUUAAUCUCUCAUCAGCGUACCUUCUAGCUUGUCCCCUUCAGUGCCAAAAUUGAGUAUUUAAGUGAAGAAGGGGUGUAACACAAUCCAGCCAUACUCCACCAGCUGAGAUUUCAUAGCUGAGACUAGUUAACCUUGAAUCUUGGGGGAGAUGACAUCAGAGGCUGCUGGAGACCUUCAGAGUCAACAGGUAAGUCAAGGAUUUUAAGGACUACUGAAGUAGAAAGUAAUGCUCACAUUUAACUUUUUUAUAGGUCAAUAUUAGUAGUUACAACAGAGGUUUGUGACAGUGGCAUAAACUUUUGAUUAUUUACAGGUCCUGCAGUGUUAGCUAGUCAAGUGUUUAUUCACUGUACACAUACAACUAUCCAUUCAGCUGUAAAUCUGCUACUCUUUGUCUCCAGUGUUUGCUGGGAAAUAAUUCAAAGCCAUGUACAUAGUUCACAGUCCUUUUUCGGGCACUGCCAGCAAAUGGAAUACUGACUAGACCGUAGUUAGCUUCAGGUAAAAUGUUUUUGAUUAUUGGAAAUGAAGAGAAUCAUUCAGCAUAGCAUAGUUUGGUUAAGCUUGACAAGAGAAGAUUCUGACUGAAUGGACUUGAAGAAAACAUCAGUAAAUUCUGCACUUGGUCUUGCAGACACCAGAUUUUUAAAGACUUGUAAAAUAAGUUAAUUAAUACAAUGAAAUUGCUAUAGUAACUGAUUUUACACAAAAGGAUUUUGAUGGACGUGAGAAAUUCACAGUACUUUGCAUUGUAUUGCCCUUUUGGAAUCUGACCUGCAUGAAUAAAAUAUUUAAAACAA